AUGCAGACAUCGAAACCAGUGAUUGUGUCUGGAUCCUUCAUCCCCGCUAUCCCCCAGAUAGCGAAGGACCUUGAGACGGGCGCAAACACUGUCAGCCUCGCCAUUAGCGUCACGCUUUUGUCUGAGUCUUUUGGCUCAUUGGUGGCCUCGUCGUACUCGACCUUCUAUGGGCGGCGCCCCGUGUAUCUUGCCGCCAUACCAGUACUCUGCGCCGGAUCCCUCGGUGUAGCACUGUCUUCUACGAUCAAUCAACUGCUAGUAUGGCGCUCCAUCCAAGCGCUCGGCAUGUCCCCUGGGUUCUCCGUGGGUGCUGGCGUCGUCGGCGACCUGUCCAGCGCCGAGCAUAGAGGCCUUGCGAUAGGUGUCUUUCUCGGGAUCGCCCUCCUUGGCCCUCUUCUAGCGCCCGUCGCUGAAGGGUAUGUUGCGCACUAUUGGUCCUGGAGAAAUAUGCAAUUCUGUAUGGCCGGCGCGAGUGCGCUCACGCUGUUGCUGUUCCUUCUGGUCUUCCCUGAGACAAGCCAUCCCGAAAGCACGGGCGCCUGGAAGGCUCGGCAAGCUGCUGAGUCGAAGGGCUCCAAGCCGCUUAACUUUGUCUUCAUAAACGUCUUGCGGCCCUUGGGGCUCUUACGAAGCCCAAACGUAUUGAUCAUCUAUAUAGCUCUCCUCGUUCCCAUCAGCAGCACCAUCGGAACUCGAUAUGGAUUGAACGCUUUUCUUGUCGGACUCUGUAUGCUGCCUUCUGGAUUGGGCAACAUCAUCGGAGCACCUUUAGCUGGCAGGCUGUCCGACAGGGCACUGACCGAAGGACACGGGGAGACGCUUCAUCCGGAGGACCGCUUGCGAGCGGCCUUGGUGGGUGCUGGCAUAUUAGUCCCAUUGUCCGCGCUUGGAGCCGGUCUGACCGUCCGCUUCGUGUCCGGAACGCUCGGGCUGGCGAUGAACAUGAUCUGCUUGUUCAUGAAUGGUAUCGGCGUGAGUGGGGCACCGAAUUGCGGUCACUGGUCCCAUGCAAUAAGCAGCGCGGGCCAGGCCGCGACCCUCUUUAUCAUCCUUGGCCCUGACGUAGACCCGUUAUACAGGUGGAACUCACGCUGA